AUGCGAUCCCGCGGGAUCUCCGCAUGCUUCAUUAUCCAGCUCACGACGACGAGCGGCGAGAGCGAGAAGGCAGCAACGCCGCCGCUGCGCGCACUAACAAGGGCCAUCAGCGCCGUGUUCCUCAACGCCGCCGACAAAUUCAACGUAACUGCUGCAAGUGUGGACGAAAGUGAAGGUCUACAGCGAAUUGCUCCAGCUCAAAGCUGCUCACAAAGCUUUGGGAGUGACAUUGCGCGGCGGAACAGCAGCACCAAAUGCUUUAUCCAUUUAGCAAGGGUGAUAUGUGGUUCGAGCCAAGACAUCCGGAAGAACUUUGUCCAUCAUCUGCCAAAUCGCGACGGACAGGCAGCCGAGCAAGCGCUUCGAUUUGAACAUCGUGAUCUGCACAUUGGCAAUGUUUUGGUGUUCAAGAAGCCCCGUCCGCGCGACCACGUUGCCACUGUCAACGGAGAAGAGUUCUGCUUCCAUGAUGCCGGGGUCUCGGUGCGGAUCAUCGACUUUACGCUGGCACGCUUUGGAAGACGAUGCCAGACGCACUACCAUAAAUUAAAGGAAGAUGACGCGCUCUUUGAAGGAGACGACAGCGAGCCCCACCACCAAAUUUACCGUGAUAUGAAAGAGUUUACUGGCGGUAACUGGCGUGCCUACUACCCGGUGACGAACAGGAUCUGGCGUGGAGUACCUUGUCGAGCGUUUGUGCGAUCUAAGCAAAGUAAUUCUCUUCACAACUUACCGCGAACGCUUCUACUCCUUCACCGGAUGCUGGACGAAUUGGAGGAUUGCAGCUCGGCGUACGAAUUCAUCCACACCACCGCCUUCACAAGAACCGUAACCUACUUGGAUUCCUUACGCGACGGCAAUCCGCGU